CCUUUCAUCACUUGUUUCCAUGCGAAAUCGCACUCUUUCGGUCUUGUUUGUACUCUCUUUGAGUAUCGUAGGAGAGGCGGCAAGAAUAAGAGGAAGAAAUCGUGAAUUAGACCAGUCUAGUUUACUGGAACCAAAUAAAAAUGCAGGAGAUUUACUCGAAACAUUACGAUUUCAAGAUCAUACACCUAGACAAAAGCGAACCGAGCGUAUGCUAGUACCUUCGAUCCGCUAUCAAAGUUACUACCAACGUAAAAAAGCCGAAAAAGAUCGUGGUGAUAAAGAAGCAAAUGCAUGGUUUGAGAAAAAGCGGGAAUAUGAACGAAAAGCUCGAACCGAGCUUACAAAACGAAUUCGAUCGGGUACGUAUAGUACAAGUGAUUUAGAACAAUAUCAAAGGAGACUUGAAACUAGUCGAAGAUAUGAAGCAAAAAAAUAUUCAGAAAUAAAGAAAAGUAGAUCAAAUAUACCUGAAAGAUAUAAAAGUUCUUAUCAACGUAAAAAAGAAGCAAAAGAACGUGGUGAUAAAGGAGCUAUUGCUUGGUUCGCAAAUAGAAAGGAGACUAGACGAAAAAAUGAAAUGGAAUUGACUAAACGGAUUCAGUCGAAUACAUAUUCUACCUCUGACUUGGAGAGACACCAAAGACGUGCCCAACGAUCCAAGAAAUACAGACACAAACAGAAGAAAUUGGAGCCUGAGCACCUAUCGGAUAGUUAAGCUUUUGUGUUUUUAUGCAACUUUGCAUAUUUGUGUAUAAAGACACAGCCACGAAACUACUUCGAAACCUACUCAAUUGCCUAUUUAACAUUUUCAC